GAUUCGGAUUCGGAGAUGAAGAAGCAAAAGCUUAAUGAGGAGGAGGAAGAAGAAGAGGAUGAUGAUGAUGAUGAUUCGAGCGACUCCGAAAAUUUGGAUCCUUUACCAAUGACCCGUGAUAUGGAAGAUCCAGAGGAUGAAUUUGUCAUUGACGAAGAUUGCUGGAAGAAGUAUUUCCCAACAGCUACGAGAGAGUCAGGACGACGAAGCUCCCUUGUGUUCAUUUUAGGACACUAAAUAUGAGGUCAAUGAGAUUCUCAAAGUUAAUGGAGAUGAGUGCGGCAUUUACUUAAUCUUCUAUAUUACCUUUACUGUUACAAAUGGUGAGAAGGAAUAUUUUCAAGCUAAGGUGGUGCGACGUGUAGGUGGAUCUUUGCGUUUCUCAAUCGUUAGGCCAA